UAGAGAUCGGUUAAUCGAACGGGAAACCCAGCCCUUUCGGUAGCAAUUGGGCUGCAUAGAGAGUUGAUAUUUGUUAAUUUUGAGCUAAUCGGGCUGGAUAGACCCGAUUCCAAUAAAACCAGCCCUUUCGGUAGCAAACUUUUGACGUUUAUCGUACCCAACAAUCUAAACUCGGUGCCUGGGCUGAGUGAGUGGAGAUGAGUUCUCUGACGCUAGCUUCAAUCUUCACCUGUGUCUGCCAGAGUUAUGGCGCGCCAGUUUCUCGCCUGCGCACUUUAACGCCAACCCAUUCUUAUUUUCUCAAUAAGCACCACGCUGACAGUGCUUGGUUUUAUUCGAGUUCACAUAAGAGAACGUUUUGCUCUCAAUACUCCAAACCAGAAGUCGUUUUCACAACUGUCACUUCCUGUGUCAAUGGGUAUUUCGAAUUUCAAUGCCUAUUAAGCUAUUCAGGCUAUGAUCGCUUGCUUCCAUGCCCCUCACAAAAUAGACCGCCAAGAGUUGAGCACUUGGUUGUUUUAGAGGAAGGGCCUGUACUUGACUAUAUAUGCAAAGCUCUGGAUCUUCCUCCUCUGUUUGUUGCGGACCUUAUCCAUUUUGGAGCUGUACAUUAUGCCCUUGUAUGCCCACAGCCACCUCCGACAGCAACUCCAGAGCAGAUUAGGUUAUUUGAAGAAUUUACAGCCCCGUCAGUUCUGAAGAAGAGAGCUUCCAUCAAAGGGAAAACGGUACGAGAAGCACAAAAAACUUUUCGAGUUUCUAGCGUUCACCAGUUUCUUGAAGUUGGAACAUAUUUGCGGGUUUAUGUGCACCCAAGGCGCUUCCCAAGGUGCUAUGAAAUUGAUUGGAAAUCAAGAAUUAUAGCUGUGACUGAAUCUUAUGUUGUUCUGGACAAACCUGCUGGUACAUCAGUAGGAGGAACUACAAACAAUAUAGAAGAAACUUGCGCUACCUUUGCCACUCGUGCCUUGGGAUUAACUAUUCCAUUGAAGACUACCCAUCAGAUUGACAAUUGUACAGAGGGCUGUGUUGUGUUAGCUAGGACUAAUGAGUACUGUCCAGUUUUCCAUGGAAAAAUCAGAGAGAACAAGGUGAAGAAGCUUUAUCUUGCUCUUGCCGCAUGUCCUGUACCAGUGGGAGUAAUUACACAUUACAUGCGUCCUGGUAAUAUUCCUCCAAGACUUGUUUCAGAAGAAUUUAUAGAAGGAUGGUACUUGUGUCAACUUGAGGUCUUGGAAUGCAGAAAGGUCCCUUGGCCAGAUACUGUAACUGAAGAGAAAUAUUCUGUUGAAGAUUGCGGGUGGCCGUCAAAAGAUUUUGCUUAUGAGUGUAAGAUCAAUCUUUUGACUGGCCGAACACAUCAGAUUCGAGCUCAAUUAGCUGCCUGUGGCGCACCAUUGGUGGGCGACUCAAUGUACAUGCCAGCUGCAAUUGCAGAAAUGGCAAAUCCUGGAGUUAACCCAUUUGGCAAACACAAAAAACAGUAUACUGGUGAGAAUGAUGAAUCAAUGGGUGUUGCUGAGUGGGUUGAACGACAUGGAAAGGAACCAAGUAUUGCUAUUGGUCUUCAGGCCUGUGAAAUUUCAUGGGGUGACAGCAAGCACAUUUACAAGGCUGGACCUCCCUGGUGGAGAUGAAUUGCUUAGAAUAAGCAUUGGAGAUUUGUGAUGUAUUACCAAGUUGAGUAUUCUUUCUACAGCAGAAGCUUCAGGUGCAUCAAUCACGAAAUUCAUGUGUUCAAAACGUUUCUGAAUUUCUGUAGCUGUUGAUUUAACUCAUUUCGAAAGUGACUGUUCUCCCCUGCACCGUUAAUAAAAAGAUUUGUGCAGGCAGGAUGCAGUUCAAUGGACAAGAAAUUGAGCAGCUUGUCAUAUGUUGUAAAAGCAAGCUGAGGAAAAUACAAUUUUGAAGAGAAGAUAGUAACUUUUUAGUGCUGCAUGAUUAGAUAGAGCUUCUAGGAACAGUUUUCAUGAAUUGUAGAAUGUAUAACUAGGAGCAGCUACUAUCUUUGUCAAUACAGCAUACCUUAUAUUGUUUUAUGUUCUAUGUAUUCUGUACAUAACUUUGGGAUGACAA